AUGCUUCUCAAGAAAACCCUAUUCUGGAACUUGAUUGAGCUGUUUUACCACCAGAGAAUUGACAUGAAUAACAUGAAUAAGUCAGACCUUGACUUAGUACAGCUGCUCAAGAAAUUUGAUCCGGAUACAAAGUCCUUCAAAUUUGGCACCAAAUCAUUCCAGAUCAUAGGCAAUACAGUGACUCAGAUUCUAAGACUGCCAAAUGAAGGAAAAUCUGUCAAACUUGUCAAUGAUAGGUACACUGCUACCUUCAGAAUAAGGCACUUUGGAGAAAAGGGAAAACCAUUAAAAAACCAGGUAGAAGCAGAAUUACUAAAGACAAUUUCCUUGGCAAACCAACCGAAGAAAGAAAAGGCCAAGGCAGAGCAAAAGAAGAAAACGAACAAAGCAAAAGAAAAGAAAGAAGCUGAAGAAGAAGAAGAAGAAGUUGACUACGACAAGGAGGUGGUCAGCCUAAUAUUGAUUCACCUCUGCAUGACAUUCCUUUUUGCCAACGCUUCAUCUACUUUGCAUUGGAAAUUAUUCGAGCAGUGUGUGAAUCUAGACACACUUUCAAGCUAUUCUUGGGCAAGAGCUGUUUCAGCUUACAUGAAUGAAUCCUUGGUUGCAAAAGCAAAAGCAAAAGUAAAGAAGGGAGGAGAAGCCUCUAUAGGAGUUGUUUCGGGUUGCAUUACCAUAAUAUUGUUUCUACUGUGUGAGAGAACAAACAUAAUACAACCAAUCCUAGGCAAGGAGAAAGAAACUCCUGCCAUUCUUAAAUGGAGUCUUGUGGAACUCCACACAAGAUUCAACCAAAUAAAGGACUUGAAUGACAUCGAGCGAAAAACUACCAGGGAAGAGGAAGACAUUGUUGAGAAGAAAAAAGAAAAAGAAGAUGAUGAAGGACAACAAGGAGAAGCAGAGGAAGCAGAAGACCAAGGAAAACCUGAUGAUGCAAUUCAAGACCUCUUGGUGAAGUCCAUGACAGACCAAAUCAACUACCACCAAUGUCAAGAUCCUAGCUUCGUUUGCCCAGAAAGAUUACAACUGUGGAAGGAUGAAAUAAAUGAAGACAAUGGGAAGAAAAUGAAGGAAUUGUGGGAUAUAUUUUCCAAGGAGAAAAGAGAUCAAAGGAGCUGGAAGCGCAGUUGGCAACAUACGUAG